AUGUUCGCAGCGCAGAUCCCAGCACUCGCGCUCUUUUUCAUGCUGAUCAGUCUGUUGCUGUCUCCCGUCCUAACUCACGACCCAAGGGGCCAGCCAGUCCUCACCCCCUCCCGACAAGAUGACGGGAGGGAACCUGUUGUACGCUCGCUCGCGGUGACAGACGGCUCCUCGUCGACCUGGCACAGCCGAAUGGCGUUUCGGCGUGCUGAUGAUGACGGUGGCAUGGGAUCUGAAGGAAGAGAUCCCGAGGCGCUCAAUCCACGCAAUCUCGGAUCAGUCGGCACAACAGCAGCAGCGUAUGCUAAGGACCACCACCAAAGGUCGGCGCCCGUUGCGACUAGUGCAGCGCCCAAGGUCCUGGGUAUCAACAUCUACGUGAUGAUCGCCUGGCUGGGCUUGCUCUAUCUGAUGUAUCGGACGGGGUCCAUGUUUUAAUCGGAUUGGGGAACAAGUUCGUAGAUGGGAUGAGGGAGCAGGGCUUCCUUCGGAAUGAACGGGAGAGGAGACAGCCGUGCUGCUUCCCAAUGCGUGCCCAUGCAGAUGGGUCAUGCAUGCAAUCUGAUGCAGAGUCUACGUCGAAACGCCGCAUGCAUGAGGCUAGCAGAGAAGGCAGGUCAUUCAAGAAGAUGGGUCGUUAGCACGCAGGUGGCUUGAAGGGUGACGUCGGGUACUGCAGGUGGUUUGCCCGAAAGUCGAGGGUUCAAACACCUAUACGGCCCCUUU